GUGGAACAAUAUUUUCUUUCUCGUUUUUUCUUAUUUUCGGUGAGUGAGACCUUUCAUCAAACGGUUUGAAGUCCAAUUGGAGUUGGAGGUGAUCCUCCACCUCCAGUGGACCCGGCCCAAGUGGGUUCUAUUUCUGAAGCCCAUUCUAAAUUCCAAGUACUACCCCCAAUCAGAAUUUGGGACUUCUCUACUUGAACGGAGUUUCGGAAUUUUCCAUGAAGGGUUUGAUCGGAGUUCUGUAAAAUUUUCAGCAAAAGGCUUUCAUAAGAAAUUGGGGAAAUUAAACCCUAAAUCUUCUAAUGGAUCGGCGAUUGAAUUAAGGGUUUUUUUUUUUUUUCUUGGGUUCUCAGGAUUUUAGAGGUUUACUCAGUUUGAUUGGACUUUGGAAAUUUGGGUAAAUUUUCAUAUCAAGGAUUUGUUUAAGCUCGGGAAAUGAAACCCUAAGUCGUGAAAUGCUGAAGGAUAUUGGGUUUAAUUUCUUCAAUAUCUUUAGAGUUAGUUCAAUUUGGUGAAUGCGCAUUUGAGGGGUUUUAAUCUUCUGCCAAGGACAUCUGUGUGAAUCAGUUUGUUCAGCCUGCUGAUUGUUUUGGAUCUUCUGCUAAGGAAGAGACAUAUUUGUGUGUUUUUAAUCGCACCCAUGUGGAUCAGUUUGUUCAUUCUUUCGUUUCAUGUAUUAAGUUUAAUGGAUGGACUUCGACACAGCAAGAAAGCCCUCUGUUUUUCAUCCCCCCCUGGGAAGAGAACCUGCAGAGACUCCGCACAACAAAUCUGUUUGCAUCUUCUGGCGUAAUGGUAAAUGCCUCAGGAGCCCGUGUAGGUUCCUUCACAGUUCACAGUGAAAUACCAGUCUUAUGUACAAAGAAAGGGUCCUUCAUGGAGUCAUGUAAUCAGCAGGAUCUCCUUACAAAGAAGUCCAAUUAUAUUAGGACCAAGAACAAAUUGGUUUUGAAAAGGUCCUCAGAAACUACUGUUGAAAAGUCCCGUGAAGAUGCUGGUUCUAAAGACUGCAAAAAGGAAAUUUCUAAGAACUUAGCUUUGAAGAAUGAGAGGAGUGGUUCCAACAGUACAGAAGAUGUUCUUAAGAAAUCUGAAGAUGUUGGCAAGCAAAAUGUUUGUGAAUCCUGGGCACAUGGCAACUGCAUGGAUGGUGAUAAGUGUCAGUCUCUGCAUUCCUGGUUUAAUGUGGAUGGGUUAACAAUCUUGGCUCGGCUUCAAGGGCACACAAAGGUUUGGGAUCUCAAAACUUUAGUGUGUGUUAUGACAUUGGAUGGUCAUGCUGAUACUAUGACGUCUCUUAUCUGUUGGGACCAGUAUUUGUUAUCUGGUUCUUUGGACCACACAAUAAAGGUUUGGGCUAUGCGUGAAGGGGGUAACGUGGAAGUAAUUCAUACACACAAUGAAGAGCACGGUGUUGUUGCAUUCUGCGGGAUGGCUAGUGGAAAUGGUAAACCAACCUUGUAUUGCUCUUGUAAUAACAAUUCUGAACCUUCCAUGACUCGGGAACUCUUUUUUUUUUUGUGAUUCCAGUCGUUAAUAUUUAUUAUUAUUAUUGUUGUUGUAGGUUCGAUGAAAGGGGCAGACUUUUUGCAAAACAAGAAGUUAAAGCAAUUCAAAGCGGGCCAAAUGGACUGGGACUCUGUUUUACUAGGGAUCAAACUGGUUUGAUUACAGUGUGGAAGUGGUUAGCAGAAUCCAAGGCAUGAUGCAGAGAAGACACUACAAAAUUAAAUGUACAUUUGCCUUGUCUUUUUGUUAGUCAAAUGUACCCAUCAUUUGACUGUUGUCAUAACCUUUUUAUGUUGUAUUUAUUAGUUAU